GCCGGAGGGCGGGGCGCGCCGCUCGGCGCCUGCGAGAGCCGCGGGGGCCGCGGAGCCGGAGCUGGAUCCCUAGCCCGGGCUGGGGCGGGAGCCGGGGCCGCGGCUGGGCCGGAGCGGCCUCGGGCGCGAUGGGGUCGGUCGACUCCAAGCUGAACUUCCGGAAGGCGGUGAUCCAGCUCACCACCAAGACGCAGCCCGUGGAAGCCACUGAUGACGCCUUCUGGGACCAGUUCUGGGCUGACACGGCCACUUCGGUGCAGGAUGUCUUUGCCCUGGUGCCUGCGGCAGAGAUCCGGGCGGUGCGGGAGGAGUCGCCGUCCAACCUGGCCACUCUGUGCUACAAGGCCGUGGAGAAGCUGGUGCAGGGGGCCGAGAGCGGCUGCCACUCGGACAAGGAGAAGCAGACGGUGCUGAACUGCAGCCGGCUGCUCACCCGCGUGCUGCCCUACAUCUUCGAGGACCCUGACUGGCGGGGCUUCUUCUGGUCCACCGUACCCGGCGCUGGGCGAGGCGGGGCAGAGGACGACGACGAGAAUGCCCGGCCGCUGGCUGAGUCCCUGCUGCUGGCCAUUGCCGACCUGCUCUUCUGCCCUGACUUCACUGUGCAGAGUCAUCGCAGGAGCACGGUGGACUCUGCGGAGGACGUCCACUCCCUGGACAGCUGUGAAUACAUCUGGGAGGCGGGUGUGGGCUUUGCCCACUCCCCACAGCCCAACUACAUCCACGACAUGAACCGGAUGGAGCUGCUGAAACUGCUGCUGACCUGCUUCUCAGAGGCCAUGUACCUGCCCCCUGCUCCCGACAGCGGCAGCACCAAUCCGUGGGUUCAGUUCUUCUGUUCCACGGAGAACAGACACGCGCUGCCCCUCUUCACCUCACUCCUCAACACCGUGUGUGCCUACGACCCGGUGGGCUACGGGAUCCCCUACAACCACCUGCUCUUCUCCGACUACCGGGAGCCGCUGGUGGAGGAGGCCGCACAGGUGCUCAUCGUCACCCUGGACCACGACAGCGCCACCAGCGCCAGCCCCACAGUGGACGGCACCACCACCAGCACCGCCAUGGAUGAUGCUGAGCCUCCAGGGCCCGAGAACUUGUUCGUGAAUUACCUGUCACGUAUCCACCGCGAGGAGGACUUCCAGUUCAUCCUCAAGGGCCUGGCGCGGCUGCUGUCCAACCCGCUGCUGCAAACCUACCUGCCCAACUCCACCAAGAAGAUCCAGUUCCACCAGGAGCUCCUGAUUCUCUUCUGGAAACUCUGCGACUUCAACAAGAAAUUCCUCUUCUUUGUGCUAAAGAGCAGCGACGUGCUGGACAUCCUGGUCCCCAUUCUCUACUUCCUCAACGACGCCCGGGCUGACCAGUCUCGAGUGGGUCUGAUGCACAUCGGCGUCUUCAUCCUGCUGUUGCUGAGCGGGGAGCGGAACUUCGGGGUGCGGCUCAACAAGCCCUACUCGGUGCGCGUGCCCAUGGACAUCCCUGUGUUCACGGGCACGCAUGCCGACCUGCUCAUCGUGGUGUUUCACAAGAUCAUCACCAGCGGCCACCAGCGGCUGCAGCCCCUCUUCGACUGUCUGCUCACCAUAGUGGUCAACGUGUCCCCCUACCUCAAGAGCCUGUGCAUGGUGGCGGCCAACAAGCUCCUCCACCUCCUCGAGGCCUUUUCCACCACCUGGUUCCUGUUCUCGGCCGCCCAGAACCACCACCUGGUCUUCUUCCUGCUCGAGGUGUUCAACAACAUCAUCCAAUACCAGUUUGAUGGCAACUGUAACCUGGUGUACGCCAUCAUCCGGAAGCGCGGCCUCUUCCACCAGCUGGCCAACCUGCCCACUGAUGCGGCCGCCAUCCACAAGGGCCUGCAGCGGCGGCGCCGGCCCCCGGAGCCUCUGUCCCGAUCGGGGUCCCAGGAGGGCUCCCCGAUGGAGGGCUCCCGGCCUGCUGCCCCCGCCGAGCCUGGCACACUUAAGACCAGCCUGGUGGCCACCCCAGGCAUCGACAAGCUGACGGAGAAGUCCCAGGUAUCAGAGGACGGCACAAUCCGGUCCCUGCAGGCCUCAGCCGAGGACCAGGAACCCCCCCAGGCGUGGAGGGAACAGCGGCGGCUGUCCAGCGCAUCCUCCAGCGGCCAGUGGAACCCCACGUCGGAGUGGGUGCUCUCGUGGAAGUCCAAGCUGCCGCUGCAGACCAUCAUGCGACUGCUGCAAGUGCUGGUGCCACAGGUGGAGAAGAUCUGCAUCGACAAGGGCUUGACGGAUGAGUCAGAGAUCCUGCGUUUCCUGCAGCACGGCACACUGGUGGGGCUGCUGCCCGUGCCCCACCCCAUCCUCAUUCGAAAGUACCAGGCCAACGCGGGCACCGCCAUGUGGUUCCGGACGUACAUGUGGGGAGUCAUCUACCUGAGGAACGUGGACCCGCCCGUGUGGUACGACACCGAUGUGAAACUGUUCGAGAUCCAGCGGGUGUGACAUGUCAGGGCGGCCCAGCUGCCCUCGGACCCGCUUUUGGAGCUUGAUGCCUC